GACAUUUGACAAAUUAAGAUUAAUUGAUAUUUUGUUACCUAACCACAAAAAACACGUGCAGUGGUUUCUAUUUAGUGCAUUUUACCCAUACGUAAAGUGUUUUGCCUUUUAAAGUGUAGUAAUUGAUUAUUAAAUAAUACCUUUUUUUAAAAUGGUUCUUACAGUUUACACAAAUGAAACGAAUCCAUCGACAUUAAAAAUACUUGUUGCAGCUAAUUUUUCUAAAGCUGAAGUAAAUCUAAAGAUAGUUUCUUCACAAGAACGUGAAUUGCAACAACCGAGACAUUUGCCCUAUUUAGAAUUAGAAGAUUCUUGUAAUUUAUUUAUCCCUAAUGCUGCUGCAAAAUUUUUGUUUCCAUCAAAAGAUAAUGAAGAAGUGUUUGUUAAUGAAUGGCUGGAAUGGGAAUCUUCAGUACUGUCGCCAAAUAUUGCUCUUCUAUUUGGCUUUCCUGUGAAAAUAGAAGACAGAAAAGAAGGAUUAAAAAGACACCUUCAUUACCUAAAUGAUGCAAUUAGAGAUUUUUCAACAUCACAAAAACAAAUUAUUGUAUCUGAUGUUGUAAUUUGGUCCACUUUAUAUCCAUUUUACAAAGAUACUGAUCUUAGCAAAGAAUAUCUACCUGAAUUAGAUGAUUUAAAUACUUGGAUUAAAAAAUUAGAACAAAUGGAAGAAUUUCAGAAAGCUGUAAAUGGUUAUGAAGUAAAACCAGGACAACCAUCUUAUCAAGUUCUACUUAAUAGUUCUAAGUAUUUGUCUCCUGUUAAUUUAGCAAUAUGUCCACCAUGCCCAUCAAGACCAUCAAUUCAAACACAAACAAGUAUAGAAAGUGUCAGUGUGGAUGAUAUUAGUAAAGCAAAGGAAUCAUGGCUGAAGGGCUCUGCUAAUUUAUCUAAACCAAAGAGUGAUAUAAUACCAGUAUUACCUAAACCAGGUGAAAAAAAUGUUCUUAUAACUUCUGCUUUACCUUAUGUAAACAAUGUUCCUCAUUUGGGUAAUAUUAUUGGGUGUGUGUUGUCUGCUGAUGUCUUUGCUAGGUAUUGCCGAUUAUGUAAUUAUAACACACUGUUUAUAUGUGGGACUGAUGAAUAUGGAACUGCUACUGAAACCAAAGCUUUAGAAGAAGGUUUAACGCCCCAACAAAUUUGUGACAAAUAUUUUGAAGUACAUAAUUCAAUUUAUAGAUGGUUUAACAUUGGGUUUGAUUAUUUUGGCAGGACAACUACACCUCAGCAGACUAUAUUAGUGCAAGAAAUGUUUCAAAUUUUGAAUAAGAAUGGUUUUAUGUUUACGGAAACUGUAGAUCAGUUAUUAUGUCAGAAAUGUAACAGAUAUUUAGCAGACCGUUUUGUAGAAGGGGGCUGCCCUCAUCUUGGUUGUUUAUAUGAAGACGCAAGGGGAGAUCAAUGUGAUGGUUGUGGAAAACUAGUCAAUGCUACUGAAUUAAGAAAUCCCCGGUGCAAAGUUUGCGGGACAACACCGGUUAUAAGGAGUUCGAAUCAGUUCUUUUUCGAUCUACCGAAAUUAGAGCCACUUUUACUCUGCUGGAUGAAGCAAUCUUCAACUGGUUGGUCAAGCAAUGCUCGAAUUAUUGGUAAUUCUUGGUUGAAAGAAGGACUUAAGCCCCGGUGUAUUACCAGAGACCUGAAGUGGGGUGUUCCUGUACCACUAGAAGGUUUUAGAGACAAGGUAUUUUAUGUAUGGUUUGAUGCUGUUUUGGGGUAUAUAUCCAUAACUCAACGAUAUACGAAAGAGUGGGCCAAAUGGUGGAAACCUGAAAAAGGUACUGAAGUCAAACUGUACCAAUUUAUGGCAAAAGAUAACGUACCAUUCCACGCGGUUAUUUUCCCUGCAAUCCUUAAAGGUGUGAAUGAUGGUUUUAUUACUGUGUCACAUAUAAUGGCUACAGAAUAUUUAAAUUAUGAAGAUGGAAAAUUUUCAAAGUCGAGAGGCAUUGGUGUGUUUGGAAACGAUGCCCAAAAUACAGGAAUUCCUAGUGACGUGUGGAGAUUUUAUUUGCUAUAUGUAAGACCAGAAUCUCAAGAUUCCAGCUUUUCGUGGGCCGAUCUCGUUACUAAAAACAACUCCGAAUUGCUUAACAAUUUGGGAAAUUUCAUUAACAGGGCAUUGGUAUUUGCAGAGAAGUUUUUCGACAGUCACAUUCCCAACAUGAAUCUUUUAGAAGAUGAUUUUAUCUUAUUGGCUCAGUGUACAAAAGAAUUGCAAGCUUAUGUGGUCUCUUUAGAAAAUGGAAAGCUUAGGGAUGGAAUUAGGCACAUUUUAUCUAUAUCUCGAUAUGGAAAUCAGUACAUGCAAUCCAUGCAACCCUGGGUACUAGUUAAAGGAACUUCUGAAGACAAGGAAAGGGCUGGAACUGUUGUGGGAGUUUGUUGUAAUUUAGUUUGUUUACUUGCAACAUUGCUGUUCCCUUACAUGCCAGAGACAGGCAGGACAAUAAGGAAUCAAUUGAACGCCCCCAACGAGACCUUUGCCUUAACAUCUCUUCAUCCUGAAAUAGUACAGCUUCUUCCCUCGGGUCAUAAAUUAGGAAAGCCAGUACCUCUUUUUGCCAAAAUCGAACUAUCUCGUGUUGAGGAGUUAAAAACACAAUUUUCAGGAAAACAAGCCGAUAGUAAUGGAGCUAGUAAAAAAGAAGACAACUUAAGUGUUACAGAACUUGAAGAAGCAAUCAAGAAACAGGGUGAUAAAGUCCGAAAUUUGAAAGCUAGUGGGGUUGAGAAAGCUGUAUGGCAACCUGAGGUUAACAUUUUACUCGACUUGAAAAAGAAACUGGAAAUUGCCCAAAAAGGAACAAACAUUAAGCAAAGUUCUGUAAAAAUACUUAAUGAGAAUGGUGUGCUACCAUGUGCCAGUCCAGAAGAAAUAAAAAAAUUAGAAGAACGAGUUCAAAAACAGGGUGACCACGUAAGGCAAUUAAAAUCAAGUGGUUCUCCAAAAAGUGAAUGGCAACCGCAAGUAAACAUUCUUCUUCAGUUAAAAGCCAGAUUAGCAGCCGCUUUAGGAGCGCCCCCUGCAAAGCCCGAUGGAAAAGGAAAAAAAUCAAAGAAUUGAGUGUUGCUUGCUUUCAAUCCUGCUACAAAAUUUUACUCCAUAUAAGCUCAGUAUUGAAUUAAAUAUGAAUAGUGAUGUAAUAAUCGCCGUCAAGUGUUUUAUAUAUUUGGGUUUAAAUGAAUUUAUUUAUUUAAUUUAUUGAAAUAAGUGUAUUUUUUAUUCCAG